CUGUCGUCGCACUUGAUGACAUAAACUUACUGCGUCUUUGUUUUCGCACGAUAGCAUGUAGCAGGUAGCGGUGCAGUCACUUGACAGGUGGCAGUUAAGACCACUUUAAAAUGUAACUUGAAGCUUUUUAACAGUUAUGAUAUUAUCAUUACAGGGAGUUAACCUUCACGUGGACCCUGUGUGUGUAUUUGAGGUGUUAAAAUGAUGGAGAACAGUGAGGGAGAGAAGACAGGUGAAUCAAAGCUGGUCCAUCAGACACAGCAGCUGUGCCGCUUCUUCUCUCAAGGAAGACACUGCAAUUUUGGGAAGAAAUGCAGGUUUUUGCAUGUAAGAGAUGAUGCCAAAGCUCAUGAGAAGAAAACAGUCAGGACACUCAGCCAGUCUGAUGUCAUGCCACCCCACUCAGAGGUCCCUGGUAGAGAUGUAGGACACAGGCCUCCACCCACUAACAACUCCAGGGCUGCCCCAGCAGCUGGCCGCCGCCCCUGCCGUUACUUUAUCUCAGGGCACUGCACCAUGGAGGACAGAUGUCGCUUCUGGCAUCCACCACAGUUCCCCCUACUGGAUGACCAGCCUGUUCCUGGAAAUCAUGCAAGACCCGUGCAGAGGAUGCCACCUGUACCCCGCCCCAACAUCCUCCAGGAGGUCAAGCUGUGCGACCUCACAGAGGACGUCACCAAGCAGCUACGAGACACAGAAAUCAAGCAACUGAAGAAGCGUUUUCCCAAAGACCAGCUCAUUAUUCAAGAACGGAGCGAUGGCAUGGUUACAUACUACAGGGUGACUGUAGAGGCCACUGAUCCAGAUUGGCCUUUUGAUCUGAAAGAAAUCGACAUCAUGGUGAGCUUUCCGGACAAUUACCCUCAGGAGAUUUUCACAUUGGACGUACCGUUGGACCAGGAUCUGCCGCCAGUUAUGGCAAGACAUGUACAAGAAGCAUCGUGUGAGUGGCUUCAGGCCAAGCAUGCAACCAAUCAGCUUAUGGGAAAAGUAGAGCUGCUCUUCCGGCCUUUUCUUCGUUGGCUAGAUCGUAGUUUGGAGAGACUGUUCACUGAAGGAGCCAGGCAGUUGAAAAAAGACAUUGAUAUAGAAAAAGCUGGAUUGCAGUUCAUACCAUACCAGGAGCUCAAGGCAACAGUGUGUGAAAAAUCUGAGGAUGCAGAAGAGGAUGCCAGUGAUGAAGAAAAAGUUGAAAGGACAGAAGGGGAGAGGACUGUGGAGGGAGGGCAGGAGGGUCCAGGUUGUGAUGACAGGCAGCACCAGCAGGAGGAGGAGGAGGAGGAAGCCAGUCAUCUGGUGGAAAACAUUAAGAUCAGUGAUCCCCGCAGAGGCACAGAGGUGAAGCUGCUGGGACUGAGGCUCGGAGAGAACACAGCCACCGUAGUGGCCCAACAGAUCACAGUUUGUCUUCAGUGUAAUAGGUGUAAGAUAACUGCAGACCUGACGCUGACUGGAAGGACACCCUGCACAGCUCAGUGUGAAAAAUGCAGUGCAAGCAUAAACGCUGCUUUCAGGCCCUGCAUGCUGCACCAUUACAGUGAUGUUCUGGGAUACCUGGACCUCCACAACGCGGCACCCGCUGACCUUGUGCUUCAAGACUGUGAUCUGACCGUGGGAUGCCUCAGCUGCUCCCAGGAGGGCCCUAUGCAGAACAUUUCCUAUGGUCAAACAAAGGAGUUUAAUUGUGAACACUGCCACAGCAAGCUCAGCAUCCUAGCUGAGAGCACAAGAUUCCAGUAUAUUCAGCCACGUGCCAACAAAACAGGUCCAAGUGCCUCUGUUGUUAAUUAUAAGUCGAUAAGAGACCCUGCUGUUCAAAAGGGGAAGCCACUGCCAGAAAAAGGAACAUGCAAACAUUAUAAACAGAGCCAUCGGUGGCUAAGGUUUCCCUGCUGUGGUCGCGCAUACCCCUGUGACGUGUGCCAUGACGAGGACCAGGACCACCCCAUGGAACUCGCCACCAGGAUGAUCUGUGGCUACUGUGCCAAAGAACAGCCGUAUGGCAAUGGGAAGCCUUGCAUCAGCUGUGGAAGCAUGAUGACGAGAGGCGCACGCACCAGCCACUGGGAGGGAGGACUGGGAUGCAGAAAUAAAGUCAAAAUGGGCAGAAAUGAUCGACAAAAAUAUGCCAACACCAACAAGACGGUUUCAAGGAAGGCAGGUGGUGACAAGAAGUAGUUGGUGAAGAAGAGAAUUAUUGUCAUUAUGUAACACAUGAUCCACGGUUUGAGUGAAAUUUUUUUCUAUUUUCCCCAAUAAAUCAUGUUGUUAUGAUCA